AUGCAUUCGCAUCUCCAUACCCCAUACAACAUUAACUGCGAGGAGAUCAUGACUGCCCUCGACGAAUGCCACGCAAAAGGCUUCCUGCACAAAGCUCUGGGAAAUUGCAACGAUAUCAAGCGCGACGUGAACAAAUGUCUUGCUGGCGAGCGGUAUGAGCGCGCAAAGCGCAAUCGGGAGGAUGCGCGGGAAAAGAGGAAGCGCAUCGAGAAGAUCUGGGCGGAUGAGAGAGCUGCUGCGCUAGGACCUAGCGCUUGUGAGGGUACUACUUCUCCUGCUGCUGCUGCUGCUGCUGCUGCUGCUGCGGGAAUGGAGAAGCAGUGA